AUGGCAGAACGGAGGACGGUGGCUGUUAUCGGCGCUGGUGCUCUUGGUCUCGUGACUAUCAAAAACCUCUUGGAGGAGGGAUUCGAUGUGACUGGAUUUGAGCGCAAUGCCUAUGUUGGUGGCCUCUGGCAGUAUACGGAGGAUGACAAGACUUCGGUAUUGCAAAGUACCAUCGUUAAUGUUUCGAAGGAACGGGGCUGCUUCACUGAUCUCCCUUUUCAAGAAGGUGUCCGCACACAUCCCACAGCCGCAGAAGUCCAGCAAUACCUCUUGCAAUAUGUGAAACAUUUCAAUCUUGCUUCACGAAUCCAACUGAACACCUCAAUCAAGAAUGUGACAUACUCUGACGAGCACCAGAAAUGGGCUGUUCAUAUUGAAGGCUCAGACCCUAUCUUCUUCGACAAGGUCGUUAUGGCUACCGGCAUCAAUACCGUUGCCAGUAUUCCGAACGUGAAAAACAUUGACCUUUUUGAGGGUCGGUGCAUACAUUCUCGAUUCUUCAAAAGGCCAGAAGAAUUCGAGGGCAGGAAAGUCCUCGUUGUCGGCUUCGGCAACACUGCCGCAGACACCGCAACACAGCUAGUAGGCAACGCCUCCAAAAUUUACCUAUCACAUCGCCACGGCGGAGUCAUCCUACCCCGGAAGCAAAACAAUCAGUCAAUAGACCACGGCCUAAAUUAUCGCAAGCAAACUAUUUCGGAUACCCUCUGGUACUAUGCUCCUGGAGUUGCCGAAUACAUCUUCAACACGUUUUUAGCAAAAAUGCAGAACAAAUCAUUUACAAUCCGCCCUGAAUGGGGACUUUCCCCUGCACCUUCGAUGAAGCAGUCGAUCCCCAUAAUCUCCGACGUCCUCGUGGAUGGCUUUGAAAAGGGCGACAUCGAAUCCGUUGCCGGGUUGGAGAAGGUAACUGGCCCAAAUCAGGUCGAGUUAAGUGAUGGCACAAAACUUGACGUCGACACCAUCAUAUACUGCACAGGCUACAAAAUCGACUACUCCCUCCUCGAACCGAAAUACGAUCCCACGACACGCACCACGCAGAAAUGGUCCGAAGCCCAUGGUUCUAACGGCAAGCCACUGCCACGCUUGUACAGGAACGUUUUCUCACUAGAGAAGCCCGAGUCACUGGCGUUCAUGGGUACGGUCGCAUUUCCGAGCCCUGCUUUUCAAACGUACGAUAUCGCUUCCAUGGCGUUGGCGCAGAUCUGGAAAGGUAAUUCGAACCUGCCUGGUCGGCAUGAGAUGAUCGAUGAUGUAGACGCACACCAUGAAUGGGUGUGCGGCAUGGCGAAAGAUGGGAGUGUCUAUCCUGGUAUUGUGAAGGGUGGGGAGUGGAUGCGAUGGGCGAAUGAUGCUGCUGGAACGGGAAUCAAUGAGAACUUGGGGUAUAGAUGGAAAGGGUGGGUGUUCUGGUUGCGGAAUAGGAGUUUAUGCCAAAUGAUUAUGGGUGGGAUAUACAGUCCCCACGUUUUUAGGUUGUUCGAAGGGAAGAGGAAAAGGUGGGAGGGGGCGAGGAAGGCGAUUGAAAAGGUUAACAGAGACAAUGGCUUGUAUGGGUUAGUCAAGGACAAGAAUAAUUAGAGAAAGAUGAACUUCUUUGGAUAGGGACGUUUCGCUUUAGAUAAUUGCGAGACUGCCAUAACAUAGUCAC